CAUGGAGGAGAGUGCAUUAUUGACGAAUAUAACCAUGAUUAUUACCAAAGAUAUUCUGGUAGAUGAGGCUAAUAGUCAAAAGAAACCCAAACAUUUUCUUUGGCACGAUAAUCAAAAUAUUAAUGAGGAAGAUAAGAUGCGAUUUCCAUUAUUGGCACCAAUGGAUGACGAAGAUGAGGAGUUUUUUGUAAGGCAACAAUUUUUCACAAAACCCACAACAAAAACAAAGGAAGGAGACAAUAAAACCGAAAAUGGUGUAAGGCCGGCAGAAUCGGAGGUUAGGACCAGCAAAAGGUCAAAGGAAUUAAAUUUACUUAAUCGAUUUGAGAAUGUUGAGUUUGAGGGAUUUCUGCAUAUGAGUAAAAUGAGUUUCCUGAAAACAUUUCAAUUCAUCAAACAUUUACUGCAGCAGUCAACAUUUCCUGCAGGAGUGCCAGCCCAAACCGUAUUUUCUUUGGCUCUUUGGAAGCUGACAACCGAUGAACACUUCGAAGAAAUAUCACGGCGUUUUCAUAUUCCACAGCCGGACUGUGAGCUAAUCGUAAGCCAAUUUUGGCACAUAAUCUCAGAUAAAUAUGAAUCGUAUAUCAAGUGGCCAAACUCCCACUUGUUCCAACAGCUUCAACUGCAAGGCUUUCAAAAACAUCCACAAUUGAAAAUAUUCCCCAAUCUUUUUGGUAUUUUAGCCCUCAAACGUUUGGAUAUAUUUCUCGCCUCGGAAGAUGCUGAAAUAUCUAUUAUCCUGCAAAUCGUUUGUAAUGUUGAUCAAAAAGUUAUCGAUUGUUUUGUGGAAUUGGAACAGGAAUAUAGUUUUGAUGAAACCCCAAUGGGACAAAUAUUGGCACUAAAUGAAAAUACAAUGCCAAAGGGAUGCUACUUAAUUGGUAACAAAAGUUUCCCUUUGAAACCGUAUCUUAUGAAACCCAUUACAAAUCCUUGUUUCCGCAAGGAACAUGAAUUUAAUCGUCUUUUGGAGCCAGCACUGCGUUUGGGACAAGAUACUUUGGAUAUAAUGGCGAAACGCUUUAAUGCCUUAUAUGCUUUGGAGGCUCGCGAUUUGGCAGAAGUUCGUAAAAUUCUUGAAACAGUUUGUGCUUUACACAAUCUUAGUGUAGCCAUUGAAGAUGAUUAUGUUGAACGUAAACGUGAAGUUGUUAAAUUUAAUUGGGCCACCGAUACGAAUAGUAAUAUAACUUCGGUGGGUAGUGAACAAAAUGUUCAGGGUUUACAAAGAAGAAAUGAUUUAAUUGAUAGGAUUGUUCAACAGUGA